CUUUGAUUGUGCGGACGUGCUUUGUGUUGAGGAUCUCGUCGAGGACUUUGACGCGCGUAGAGUCGGAUGUGUAUCAAUCGACGAUCGGAUGAUGUGAUCGUUUGAAAUUUUUGGUGCGGUUUAGUGUUGUUGUUGUUGUUAUUGCUUCGAAUGAGGAAAGAAUUUAUAUGAUUUGAGAAUGAUGUUUUCUUUUGAUUUUCGGGACGACGACGCGGCUGACAAGUAUACGGAGAUGCGGGCAAGUCCAGCGGACCGGUUGGCCUCGGCUCCGGUCGCCGCGGAAGCCGGUCCCUCCGCUCCUGGUUCCAGCGAUGCUGCCCCUCGUUGCAGCAACUGUAUCACCGAGCGUCUGGGAGCAGCCGGUUGGCAUUGCGAAGAUGAUCCACCGCCUUACGCCUCGCUCAUCAACGCUUCGCCCGGACAUCACCGGGUCACCUGGUCCUACGUCUUUCCGGGACUGCCGGGAUACGAUGCUGCCGCGGGGGCGUCCGGAAAUGGAGCCCCGGAGAAUCGAACGAUCGCUAGGCCGCUUGUUUCCAUACCUCUGACGAGCUAUGGGAUCUUUAAGAUCGAACCACCGAGAUACGCAGCGGCUAUGUCACAGGUGCAGCAGCCGCAGAUGCCCAGGAUCAUGAUGUCCGAGCCAGGACCAGCUGUCAAGUCUUCCAACGGGAGGGCGAGAAAAUACGGUGCCAUCCUGAUAGCCGCAACGGUCAUCGUUUUCCUCAUGGCUCUGUCGCUGAUGGUGCGCUUCGUCACCGAGAAGAGCUUAUUGAGUCGGGGAUAAGAUCGCCAACGCAUAGUGUGUUCCACGUCUUUGCUCUCUGCUGUGAUUUUACUUACGAAAGUAUUCCGAAUCUAAAUUCGAUACUAUUUAGUUUAUAACGAUCAUAUGAUUACUUUUUUUAUAAGGCUUUCGAAAAACCUUUUGUAAAAAUAAUUCACACGUGACUUUAAAUUUAAAAUCGCAAGUAUAGAACACCUCGAGAAAAAUCAUUCGCGCAGCUCAACGAGUCGAUGUAUGAUAUCUCCUACUGGAGGCGAAUUAAAUUUUACACUGACGCGCAAUAUAAGUUACAUUAUCGCGCAUUAUUAUGUCCGCGCACGUUCAAGGCUCCGCGAUUAAUGGCGAUGCGUCAGAGAGAAAUCGCGAAUCGAUCGCUGUAAAAUAUAGAUAUUUUAUAAACAUGUUAAUGAAAGCGAUAAGUCGCUCGUUUGCAGUUUGCGACUAUGGCGAUGACGUUACUAUCGCGUUGCCUAAAUCUAUACACACAGCGCUGUACGAUGCACUUUUGUACGAAUGUGUAUAAGCAUAUUCUAGGACGUAAGACUAUUUAUUAACUCUAAGGUCUGUUCAUUAUAUUAUAAUUAUGGUAUACACAACGUUGUUACCGAUAAGCUUUGUUAUUGAUAAAGUUUUUUAUUCGUAACAAAA